GCUCUACAUCUCUACACAUACGUACUCGUACAGCUGUGCAGAAAUAUCAACACCCUCCUGUUGUUGCAUUUGCGCUGCGCAUUAUUGAGUCGUUGGGGGGAGCGGAAGUUACUGAUAUCGGACUCACUCCUGUAUCUCACUCCUCGCACUGACAUCCAACUCAUCGUGACUCUGGACUCUGAUAAUCAUAAACUGUAAAAAUCACAUCACACUAUCAUCGUCGCAUUGCAUUCUGUCCAUCUCGCAACCUAAUUCAAGCUUCCUUCUGAACGCAUUGAGGGUUGCUUUGAUUGUGCGGUAGUUCAGCACGCAAAAAGCCAACAUGGCCUACACUGAUGAUGCCGUUGUGGCAAAGCUUUCUGCUCUGAAUGAAACCCAGGAGAGUAUUGUAAGUACCUCAUCUCCCCAGAAACAAACAUAUAUUAACCGACUAAAGGUCACCGUUGCCCAAUGGGUAAUGUUUCAUAGGUACACCCCAGACCGAAUGUUUGGACUGUAUAUAUGCAGUGCUAAUACUACAACAGGAGACACGCGGAUCGCACUGGACAGCUCUGGCUACAGAAACUCAAGGACUCUGGUAGCAACAAGAGAUUGAAUCUGAUAUAUCUUGCCAAUGGUAAGGCUCUCAAUUUUAUCAACUCCACAAAAAUAUGCUAAUGUUAUACUAUUUUAGAGGUUGCCCAACAAUCCAAAGCUCGUCGCAAGGAUGAUUUCCUCAUCGCAUUCUCCCCCGUCAUCGCUGAAGCGACUGCAUCUGCAUAUAAAGGAGCCACAAGCGAGGUUCAACAGAAGCUUCGAAGAGUAGUUGAAGUUUGGCGACAACGACAAAUUUUUGAGGGUCCUAUUCAAGAUGCUGUAGAAGCCAGGAUUGAUGGUAUGCGUUCUGUCUCAUAUACUACGUGGAGCAAUACUAAUCUUAAGUAGAACUCGACAAAACUCGAUCUUCUGGCAAGCGAAUGGGCGGAUCAAUCUUCUCCUCCUCCGCUAACGCUGUUCCAAAUGAACUCGCUCCUCUUGUUGAGCCCCAACAACUAAUCACAAAACUUGUCCUUUCAACCAAAACUUCCAUAAAUGCUGCUAAUCAAGAGUACGAUCGACUUACCAAUCCCUCGGAGCCCGUACCUUCCCCACCAGUUCACGCUGCUCGACUCAAUGGCCUCCUCAAAAACUUAGCCAACGCCGAAGGAGCUGUUGCCGAAAGCAUCAAGGCACGUCAAGCCCUAAUCGAAGGAUUGGAAAAGUUGCUCGGCGCCAACCGUGAAGCACUUACUACCGAUCAAAACCAACUUGCCGAGAUCUCAGAUCGCAAAGCAAAGAUUGGCAGAAAGAAGGAUGAUGUCGAAGAUAAUAUCAUGCGUGGCAUGGCAAACAGCAAUCCCGCUUCUCCCGUUGCAUCUGGAGAUGGUUCACCCAGUGCAGCAGAUAAUGCCUUUACCCAAGCUCCAGCACUCGAUCGUCCUGAAGUCGAAGCUCUUACUCCUCCUGGAUACCCAAAGCCUCCACAAGCAGAGCCAGUUCCUGAUCUCGACCUCAACAACAAUCCUACCAUUCCCCAUCACCCUCCGGCAUCCGCGGCUGUUGGAUCGGAUCUGCUCUCCAGCUUGUCAACUUCCUAUGGAAGACCCAGUAUCGGCUCAAACGGUAGUAGUGGAAAGAAGAGAAAGUUGAAUAACCCUAACGAUUUCCCGGACCUUGGAGGUGAUGCUAUGGAUGGGUUGGAUGAUGAUGUUGCGGAUAUGUUGUGGAAGGAUAAUAAGAACGGACAUUAAGAGGUCGAAUUUGACAAGUGAAGAUAUGAUUCGUUUGUCGAGCGAGCAAGGGGUUCUGCUUUACAGGGUUUCUUCUGGGUUUUGCACUUAGCUUAGAAUAUCUGUUGCUCAAGCACGUUCGUAAUUCUCGGAGUCCUCGAUGGGGGGCAGGGAGUAGUCAGGUGCCGUGGCGGUCAUUUAGUUACGAUGGGAUCAUGAAUGGGGUGGAAAUGGUAACUGGCGCUUUCCACUUGUCGCGUGUAAAUCAAAUAAAUGCAAAUCAUACAACUUCUCU